GUUGUGGAAUUGGUGUUUUGAGAGAAGUUGAUAGAGAACAAGAGGAGAUCAGAGAUUAGAAGAGAUCCACAAAAUGAAGAGAUUCUUUAUGAACCAGUUAUCUUCUUAGCUUGUGAAUAUCUUUUGUCAAAUGUGACAGAUCAGGUCUUCUUAAGUAAGCUACGGCGUCAUGCUUGACUACUCAGAACAAAAGAAGUUUGAAGACCUUCCCAAUACAUUCUUGCUUAUCAUCUCCUCAUGUUAGCCAUUUCUUCUCCUCCAUUUGAUCAAAUGCUCACUUCAUUCACCUCCCAUGAAGAGGACCAUAACCAGCUGCAACAACAACAGCAGCACCACCAUCUUCUCCUCCACCCCCGGCCGGAACCCGCCUCAAACCGGUCCGUCCAAUCGCAUCGUCUCUUAUUGCACUGUGCCGAGCUCAUCCACCACGCCGACUUCGCAGCCGCCCGUCACGCCAUUUCAAUCCUCACCACCACCUCCUCUGCCACCGGUGAUGCUGCCGACCGCCUCACCCACCACUUCACCAGUGCUCUCUCACUCCGUCUCCACCUCCUCCCUCCCUCCCCACAUGAUCCCAAUUUCAUCCUCUCCUUCAACCAACUCACCCCAUUUCUCCGCUUCUCCCACCUCACUGCCAACCAAGCCAUCCUCGAAGCUGUCGAUGGCCACCGUUCAAUCCACAUUCUUGAUUUCGACACCGGUCAUGGCCUCCAAUGGCCUCCUCUCCUCCAAGCUAUCGCGGACCGCUCUCACUUCCCCAACCCGCCAACCAUUCAAAUCACCGGAACCGGAACCGACCCCUCUCUCCUCUCCCAAACCAGUCGCCGCCUCCAAUCCUUCGCCGACUCUUUAGGCCUUUGCUUCCAUUUCCACCCUCUUUGCAUCUCCCCCACCACAUCCUUCUCCUUCCAAGCCAACGGCGGUGAAAUCCUCGCUGUGAAUUGCACCAUGUUUCUUCACAAGCUGAUUAAGGAUGAUGGAUUGGAUGAGCUUAAACAAUUCUUGCUUGCAAUAAAAGGAAUGAAUCCGGCAGUGGUGACGGUCGCAGAAAAGGAGGCCAAGCAUAGCUCUCCUUUGUUCUUGCAGAGGUUCGCCGAGGCUUUGAGCUAUUACUCGGCGGUGUUCGAGUCAUUGGAGGCAACAUUGCCGCCCUCAAGUAGAGAGAGAAUGGUGGUGGAGAAGAUGUGGAUAGGGAGGGAGAUUGAAGAUAUUGUUGCAGGGGAAGGAGAAGGGAGGAAGGAGAGGCAUGAGAGAUUUGAAAGGUGGGAAAACUUGAUGAAGAAUGCUGGGUUUCUUAUAAAGCCAUUGAGCUAUUUUGCUUUGGCACAGGCAAGGUUGCUUCUUCGGCUACAUUAUCCAUCGGAAGGAUACAUGGUUGAGAUGAUGAAGGGGUCUAUGUUCUUGGGAUGGAAGAGUAAGCCUCUAUUUUCAGUGUCUUCUUGGUUCUAGCUAAGGCAAAGUUACAAGGAGGGUGAAGCAAGUGACAUUGGUUGGUAUUUUGCUCUUACAUUAAUACAUAAAUUUAUAAAACUCUCGAGAAAUAUACAUAUAUGUUUUUCGAUCUAUUUUGUGUUUUUUUUUUUUUUUAUGACUUUGUUGCCAUCUCAGUUUUCAUAUGGUACAGGUUAGAUUUAUUGCUGUCAAACUAU